UUCCAGCCAAAGCGUCUGAGCUGUACAUUGAGUCAGUACAUUAAGCAAACAAGGAUAAAGAGAGUCUUUCAUUUACCCUGAGUUUAAGAGAUACCCUGAAGGAAAGGAACCGUGCCAUUCUGAGAUUCUACAAAAGGCCACGGGUGCAGUGGACUAGCCCACUGCGAUGUCAUCUCAUAGGUGAUGCUGCCAUUGGAGAGGGUGUUAAUAGACAUGUACUUUCAAUAGUCAUGUCAAACCUUCAGAAUGGAUUCUUGCUUGAUGACGAAACUGAACUGAAGACAUUGCUGUUUGAGGGUGAGCAGGACCAUCUCACUCCCUCUACAUCGAGGCUGCUCCUAGAAAGCGACUUUUUCGUGGUGGCGGGUCGAAUUAUCGGCCACAGCUUUCUGAAUGGUGGUCCUUGUCUUGUUGGUCUCAGCCAAGGAAUCAUCCAUGUGCUGUUUGGAGGGGAACCAGAAACAGCCACUGUAACUGAGUCAGAUUGUGCUGACCAAGAUGUCCGUGAGGUCAUAAGAAUGUUACAGGGAACAAAGGAUUUGUCAGAGGAGGAGAAAUCCGUGGUUCUCUCUUUGACGUUGCCAUGGGAUCUUCCUGGAGUUACAGUCAAUAACAGACAUUGGCUCCAAGAAAAAAUACUCCUCCAUGCUGUUUUGGAAAGAACAGCACAACAGGUGAAACAAAUCCGAAGAGGGCUGAAAGACACAGGUGUGUGGGAAUUUUUCAGUUCCAGGCCUGAUGCUGUGCCAGUACUUUUUCCAAGGGCCAGUGAGGCAGAGAUAACCCCACAGAUGGUAAUCGAUAACAUAAACUGGCCUAAAGAUGAAGAUAUAGAUGAAGACAUACUCUCGUUGGAUGAUCACUGUCUGAUCAUGAGCUUCCUCCGAAGAUUCAUAGAAAAUGGAACAUCAGACAUCCUCAAGAGUUUACUAACAUUCUGGACUGGCUGGGGUGUGCUAUGCUCCAAUCUCGAGGUCGAAGUUAUUGACUGCAGUCUCCCACAGUCGUCCACUUGCUUCCUGACUUUGAAGCUAUCCAAAAACCACAAAAACUAUGAAGACUUCCACCAAGACCUUAUGGCAAGCAUUUCUUCGGCCUAUUCUGGUUUUGGUCAGAUUUAAGCUGGGCCAUUUAAACAACGAAUGUUGUUGGUUAUUGGUAUUAUUACUUUUAAAUUGUUCUUAUGGUUCAGUCUCUUGAUAGAUAUGGAUAUUCUGGAAUAAUCCACUUGUUAAUUAUGUAUUAGAAUUUGACAGUACUCAGCGUUGUUGUUGUUCUGAUCAACUAUAAAAACAGUUCCAUAUUAUUGUAGGACGUUUUCUGAAAACAUUUGCUUAAAAAAAGAGAUUAGACCAACAAAGUCAUGAAUAGACAUAGCUUAAUUACAAACGGUUAAAUCUGAUAUUAUCAACGAAUUCUUAAUGAAAGCUGAAAUGGUUUCAUAACAGUGAUUUUAUUACAUAUAUACAUAUCUGUGCAAAACAGGUCAAUGUUCACGUUUGGAUACAAGAUGCCUGACCUGAUAUAUUG